GUGAGCUGAGGGUGUGCUGAUACCGUUUGGAUACGAACUGGAAGAACAGGAGCUUCGUCUCAAUGCAAAGAGAAUGGCUGAAGCUGUAGCCCAAGUAGCCAGGAGAGUGAAUGAGGUGGUAGAAAGUGGAGGGAACCAUCUUGAUCUGUCAGACUGUUCCCUGAAUGCCUUCCCAAUUGGCCUGUAUGUAGUUUUGAAGCCAGUUGCACAGAACAUUCAUUCCAUCAAUCUGGCCAACAAUGAAAUCAAGGCUUUAACAAGCAAAUUCUUCAACACGUUCACUUAUGUUAAAGAACUCAAUCUGGCAGGAAAUACCCUUCAGCGCCUCCCUGAUGAAGUUAACACUCUUAUCCAACUCAAGUCGAUCAAUCUGUCAAAAAACAAGAUUCAGGAUUUUCCAGGAAACUUACUAGAUAUCAAGACUCUUGAAAUCAUCAACCUGGAGGACAAUCAGAUCACAGAUGUUCCAGUUGACAAGUUAAGUUGUAUGCCAUCUCUUCAGUCUGUGAACCUUAAAGCAAAUCCAAUAAAUAAGGACAGCCUGGAACUUUUGGGAAUCAAGUUUGAGCUGCUUAUCUAAGCCUGUAACGAUAGGCGACGGAUCAGAUGCCGACGACUGCACAGCUGAUUUACGCAAAAUGGAAUCAAAUAUGCACUUCUCUGGUGUUAAACAGUAGGAGUCAGACUUUCAGGAAAAAGGCCAAGCAUUCAAAGAGUUAAACAGUACUCAAUCUGUAGGUACCACAGAAUAGAAAAGGAAUGGAAAAUUUGUGAGUUCUUUUACUAUGUGACAAAUAUGAAAAUAUCUUGUGAGUAUUUUUCCUGAUUGCUUGAUAACUACAGGCUUUAGCUUAAUGUUCCUGCAACGGGAACUGAUUGGUAAUCAGUGCUGCCUAAAUGUAUAAUUUUAAGCAGAUGGGUGAUACUUUCUAUGCAAGAUAGGUUCUAGAAAAUUCUGUAAUCACUGGUUUAUUUGAUUUUUUAUUUAACUUUGGAAUCAUUUUUAAUCAAAAUAGAUACAAGCAUUAAUAAAUCAUUAAACAGAUGUA